AUGAGUGAUCAGAUGAGGGUGAUAAAGGAUACAGACAUAUCAGAAGAGAUGCAGCAAAAUACUGUACAGUGUGCCAUUUUGGCCAUAGAGAAAUACAAUGUUGAAAGAGCAAUUGCAGCCCUUAUAAAGAGGGAGUUUGAGAAGAAAUACAGUCAGCCUUGGCACUGCACUGUAGAAAGGAAAUUUUGCAGCGACAUGUCUCAUGAGGUCAAGUACUUCAUCUUCUUCCUCAUGCGUGGUGUAAAUACUCUGUUUAAAGCUGGUUAGGGCUAUGGAUUGUUGUUGGGAGCUGCUUGAGCUGACAGGACUGCACGCUAACGGCAGCUGCUCAGUGCCUUCAGCCUUCCUGAGGAAGCAGACCUUGGUCAGCAGGGAUUUUUCCACAGUGAUUGGUGUGUUUGUUGUGUUUAGGAAAUAAAAAGAAGUGCCUUGUAUUUGUCUUAUUUCCAGAGUAGGCUUUGCUAUUAAAAUGUUGUGUGUUCAGUC